AUGGUAGAGCCGAUUGGAGUUAUCGCUGGCGCUAUCAGUAUUGCUACCGCCUUCACUGCAUGCGUUGACUGCUUUGAAUAUGUCAAAUUUGGUCGUCAUUUCAAACGGAAUUUUCAGACCGAUUAUCUCACUCUCGAAUGCACCAGACUCCGUCUUACACGUUGGGGCCAAGCUGUCAAUAUAUACGACGAUCCGAGAUUGGGUAGACCGGAUGCGAGCCCCGAAGAGGUUCAAUUAGCAUGUGACAUUUUGCACCAGGUCCUGGUCCUUUUCGCAAAUACAAAAGAGAUAUCAGAGAAUCACCGUGCAGAAAUCGAGCCUAAGAAAAACAUCACUGUACUGGGGCGCGCCGAUCUGAAUUCUUUUGUUGCCGAGCUCAGCAACAAGAUGAGAGCGCUAGCAAUCAGGCGCCAAAAGAACGGUACUAGCGACUUGAAGACCACGUCCUGGGCUCUCUAUGACCGGUCUGAAUUUGCGGACCUCAUACAAGGCGUCACCUCCCUCGUCGGUAACCUGGAAUCGCUUUUCCCUGCAUCCCAAGGCCAACGGGCAGCGCAAGAUGAAACGAUGGACAUCGGCGGCGAACAUGCACUUCUGUCAAUUCAAAGUGCCGCUCAAGGCGUGGAUUCUUUGCUUCAAAAAGCUACGGCAGAAGCCCUGAGUCACCGAUAUUCGAAUAUAAAGAUUCAAGGCAAGGCACAAGUCGGUGAUGCAUUUAGCAGCAACUGGAAGGGAACAGCUACGAAGAGAUCGCAUGUGUACGAUGGAAUCGAAGUCGGAAAAGAUGGAAAAGCCCUGAUUGGGAAUCAAUACGGAGGAAAGGACUUCUGGGUCGAUUGA